AUGACAGGCUGGUGGUGGGGUGGAGGGGGUAGGUUUGCUGCUAGGAGGGGAGCAGGGCGAGCACGCAGGGCUGCUGUUCUCUCAGUCUGUGAUUCCACAGCUUCCCAAGUGUUUCUUCAGACCACGAUGCGGACCGUGGCAGAAGCUCUGUUCUGGUGCUCCUUGAUCAACCUCCAGUCAGUCCUCACCCUCCAAGCUUCUUCCUUCCCCAGCAACCCUUUCCCAGGACCCUUCCCCAAGCUGACCAAGAACUUCAUCUUCUCCACGACCAGCGUACUACCGGAGGAUCUGGAGGUUUCAGUUCUCAUACCUUCCAGCAGCAACUCCACAUAUCUCCACCUCCAUCACGCCAAUGGUCCACUCACUCUCAUCAUCAGACCGUGCAGUGGAAUUGUCAACUCCACCGUCUACCACAUACCCCAGUCAAACACUUCAGGCUUCUUAAAGGACUAUAUAGGAGGCAGAUCGGAGUCAUCUCUGGCCAUGUCUCGGGGGAGGUCCCAGCACGUCUACUCUUGGGCCUCCGCCCCAGCGGGUCUCUACCUUCUGGACCUCGUGGCCGAGGACCAUCACAUUCCAGAUACAUCCUGA